AGCAUGGAUACGCCCGAGUCAUACGGCAAAGGGAGUGCCAGAUGGCAAUGCAUUCUGAAUGGCUACACGAAAUACUGGUAUCUGAGAUCUGCUCUCCGCUGGUUGUCCAUCGUCUCCUCUGUCACAGCCUUGAUUGUAUUUGGCAUCGUGUAUCACACCUAUGCUGAGUAUAAGCACGUUCAUACUCUGUAUCUUGGUACAAUACUUUUCAUCGUGGCUCCACUUCUAUCUUUCAUUACCAAUGCUACCGCUCUCGCGCUACUUUUCCUCCUACGAAGGAAGUUUUUCGCCAAUCCCGGAUGGUUGCUAUCUGGCGACCUCAUCAGUGGUCUGCUGAUGUCCUUAAAUUUGGCCUUCAACGGACAAUACAUUCCAGGCUGGUAUGGCGGUUUCUUAGAGGACGGACUAGAUGCUCUUCAGACCCCAUGGUGCUUUUGCUUGGUAUUGGGAGUAUUUCACGUCCUCCUCUUCUUGUGCGAGAUCUGGGAAGUGCAUUACUAUCGACGAAUGAGGAGAGAGCAGAGUUACGUUCAUCGAGGCGACGACGAUGACUCGAAGCAUGUGCCUUCGAGCCCCAAAGACGAACGUGCGGAGCCCCAGGACAUCGAACUACAGUCGCCUACUUCGCCAAUCGAGCCGUGGAGCGAGGCUCCGGAUACGCCUUCACACACAGAGGUUCCGGAAAACGCUUUGGUCGAGAUGCCAGGCACAUUACGAGUGGAACUGCCAGAUGGACGAAUUCUGGAACUACCCGAAGGAUGCCGGGUGGAAUUGCCAGCUGAUCAUCGAGCUGAGCACCGAGCUGAGCUACCGGACAACAGAAGACUGCGAUUGAUCACACAGCCCUACGAGCUUGACUCGACGUCUACAGCGUCUACUCAAUGGUAUGGCAGCAGUCCGGUGGCUCCCUCUUACAAGACGCAAGAUUGGUAG